AGUAAGUAAAACUUCUCAACUCACAUUUUAUCGUGAAAGAAAAUUAGACCCAAACACAAAACCCUUUCGUCGCCGUACCUUCCUCCGUUGGCUCCAACACCCUUCACUGCCCUCGCCGGAGUCUCUGCCCCUCGCCGUAGUCGAAGCCCAUCACCGUAGUCACAGCCCCUCGCCGUAGUCGAAGCCCAUCACCGUAGUCACAGCCCCUCGCCGGAGUCUUUGUACCUCUGCCCGUCUUCACCUCUCGCGGCCGGCAACGGUGGCUAAACGGCAGCAUGAGGGAAGUUGUUACAAUUCAAGUUGGUGGUUUUGCCAAUUUCAUUGGCUCCCAUUUCUGGAACUUCCAGGAUGAGUUGCUUGGUUUGGCUAGCGACCAUGAUAUGGAUCCAGUGUUCCAGAAUCCUGGCGUUAACAUGGAUGUGCUUUAUCGCUCUGGAGAGACUCAGGAGGGUGUUCUUACCUAUACGCCUCGAUUACUUUCAGUUAAUUAUCAAGGAUCCCUUGGAUCAAUGAGCUCACAUGGUACAUUGUAUAAUCAGACUCCAGAAUUGCCUUCCCCUGUGGCCACAUGGAAAGGUAGUAUAUCUACCCAACGUUCUGAGUCUCUCAAUAGAAACUUAUUCUUGCAAAGUUUAUAUAAGGAGGAGCAGAAGGAAUCAGUUGGUAAAGACAGCAAACAUGCUGAUUCACCGGAUAAUAUUGGAGACCAGGAAAUAAUGGAAAGUUUGGAAAAUGGUACCCAGUUCUGGACUGACUUCUCGAAAGUCCAUUAUCAUCCACAUAGCCUAUAUGAAAUAAAUGGGUUGUGGAUGGAUGUUGAGGGGUUCGAUAAUUAUGGUGCGGGAAAGGACGUUUUUGCUGAAAGUUCCCGGGGAGAGGAGAUGACUGAAAGACUUCGUUUCUUCGUUGAAGAGUGUGAUCAUGUACAGGGAAUUCAAUGUGUGGUGGAUGAUUCGGGGGGCUUUUCCAGUGUAGCAGCAGACUUCCUGCAGAACAUUGCCGAUGAAUACACCAAUACUCCGGUGUUGCUUUAUACUGCUCGUGAUCCUGGCUCAUUUAUGAGCUCUAAAAGUCGAAAAAGGAACAUUUCUCGGAAUCUUAAUGAUGCAGUUUCAUUUGCAAAACUGUCUCCUUUCUGCAAACUAAUUGUACCAGUUGGUUUACCCUUUCUGGGUGGAAGCAAAGCUUCAACUUAUCUGCGUGUGAAUGAUGAAAAGCCUUAUCAUUGCAGUGCAGUCUAUGCUGCUGCUCUGCACGCUCUCAGCCUGCCCUUUCGGAUGGACUCGCUUGGGCCUACUGCGACUUCAGAUUGUACUUUAGGUGCAUUGGAUUUCAACAGCAUUGUACAAAUGCUGUCUGGCCAGUCUCGACAGAAUAUGGUUGCCAUAUUAGACACUACCAUGCCAGCACCUACUAUUGGGGAGCAAUUGUUGAGUAAAUUGCAGACAUUGACUCCAGAAAUAUCAGAUGACAUGGAAGACUUGCAUUCUGUAGAAACAUUAGUGAUACAUGGAGCUCUUAAAUCAGAUGAGCAACGAGCAUCUGUAUUUGAAGUCCAAGAUGCUAUUUCUGCUGCAUAUGAACAGGCAUCAUCGAGACCUAGAUUCUGUCAUCUGUCUGCAGCAACAUGUCCUCUUCCAAUACCAUUACCAUUUCCAUCGAUAUUCUCACAAACUGUCGGUCGUUGUGGACAACUACUUAGCAAUCCCAGUUCAAGUUCAGCUUCAAAGGGAUCACUCGACGUCCAUUCUAUCCCUAUGGCUGCGAGACUUCGCUCGAGCAGUGCUGUAUUACCUUUCCUGACGAAUAGGUUGGAAAACCUUCGGAAAUUUGGUAUUCAACAUGGUGCUAUGGGAGGAGAAUUACUCAAAAGUUGGGGUUUUGGAAAGGAGGAACUCGAGGAAAUGGGAGAGACACUGUCAAACAUGGUCAGAACUUUGGCUCCUUACUCUGAUUUAACCUCUGACUCGGAUUAGUUUUUACCAAUAGACUUGUUGUAAAUACAGUUUGAGAAGUUUUGGCAGUUGUUUUCUUGUUUACUUUUAAAGAACUAUUGGACCAACUCAAGUAUAAGUUUCUCUUAAUAGAUUCUUAACCGGUUUAUGAAGCGCCUUGAUCUAAUCGUGUAGUUGAUCGGAUUUCUUAUUUCCGACUUAUGUAGUUCUGUCACUUUUCCUGAUGAUGAGACUAAGCUCUUGAUAAGACUAGUUCUGGACUCCUGAUGUAUUAUAUA